AUGCAGUCGGACUCUGGACUGAACCCGUUUGACUCCUCGUUCGGCCGGGGCCUCUGGAGAGUUCAUGAAGGCUGUGUCCAGUACAUUCGAGCAUUCCCUCCCCCGACCCGCCCGCCUCGUUGCGCUGCGCCCCCGGCUGUGAACACCGACCCUUUCCACAGCAAGUUGACGUCAUGCACCCACUCAAAAUCAGUCGAAGGGUCCGCCAUGGGUCUGAGGAGGAAUGCAUUUGAUGCCAGGUGGAGUGCGAGGAGACAUGGGAAACACGGGGACAACGGCGUCUGCCGGUACUGGACGCCCAUUUCGGAGCGCGCAGUUACUGUCGAUCCCGCCGGCUGGGACCGCCCCCACGUCGACGGGGUAGCGGCCGCAGUGCAGCCGUCGUCGGUCUCGGCCUACAGCAGUGCCUCCGCCGUCCGUGACUUUCGCCAUUCCUGUCAGCCAAACACAAACCCUGUAUUCUCGGACUCGGAUGAGUCAAUGCCGGUCCGUGCCGCAGUAAGCACCACCUCCGACUGCUGCCAAAGUACAGAGCUAUCUCCUAUGCGCGCACCCCCACUGAAUGAGCACAGCGAUCCGUAA